CCUCCUCCUCUCAUCUUCGCGCGCUUGAGCCAUUGUUCUCCAUAGCUUUUUACACGAGCAAAGACAAGUAUAUCGAAAUGCCAGUUUCAGCUCCAUCUCCGCCUCGUCUUCACUCUCCUUUCAUCCACCGUCCCAUCAAUUUCACUCCGUCUUCUUUCUCCGCCAAGAAUCUCCGGUCGCCGUCAACAUCUUCUUAUCCCCGAAUCAAAGCUGAACUCGAUCCAAACACGGUAGUCGCGAUAUCUGUGGGCGUAGCAAGCGUCGCGUUAGGAAUCGGAAUCCCCGUGUUCUACGAGAAUCAAAUCGACAAUGCAGCUAAGCGAGAGAACACUCAACCUUGUUUCCCUUGCAAUGGAACUGGAGCUCAGAAAUGUAGAUUGUGUGUGGGAAGUGGUAGUGUGACCGUAGAGCUUGGUGGAGGAGAGAAAGAAGUCUCCAACUGCAUCAACUGUGAUGGUGCUGGUGCCUUAACUUGUACCACUUGUCAAGGUUCUGGUGUUCAACCUCGAUACCUUGAUCGAAGGGAGUUCAAGGACGAUGACUAAAUGUCUUGCACUAGAGAGAACAGGUCUCUUUUUCUUCCCUUCUCACAUUUCUUCAUUGUGUGUCUACAUUGUACAAUACUGUUUUGUUCACCAAACAUGUGAGAGAAGUACAAUACUGUUUUGUUCACCAAACAUGUGAGAGAAAUCAUAACAUGGAUAUUGUAUCAAAGAGAUCAAUCAAAUGUUUCUUCUGUUGUAAUUAA